UAUAUAGAUAUAGAUAUAUGUAUAUGAGUUGGUUGACAGGAAUCCUAAAGAAAAUCCUAAGCACGAACGACCGAAGAGGUGGCGGCGGCAACGGCGAGACAUACGCAACCCAGCCAACGAAAGACCAAAACGAAUCUCUCUCUCGUCUUCGAGAGACUCCUAUUCCAACAACAACAAUUGCAUCUACAAUAACAACAGUGUCAACAAAAUGCUCCUCUUUCUGGAAUUUCAAGCAUUGAAGAUGAACCCAGAAGACGAUUAGAAUCCAACAAUUGCUUUUCCUCUUGGAAUUGCGAAGCUAGCAUCGUUUCGUCGCCGGUAGCGAGAAUGGGCAAGUGUAUAAGCUUGACAGCGUUGCAAAACCAACGCUACAGGCACUCCUUCGGCAAGGCAGGCCUCAAAUCAGUAACCACUGAUCUCGGUGACGGCACCGUCAUGCACUUCUGGAUUCCCAAGUCCCACAAACCCAACAAGCCCACUCUUCUCCUCAUCCACGGCAUCGGUGCCAACGCCAUGUGGCAGUGGAACCCGUUCAUAUCUCGAUUCUCCUCCAAAUUCAACGUCUAUGUCCCUGACCUGCUCUUCUUUGGCGACUCCUACACCACCCUGCCCGACAGGACCGAGGCAUUCCAGGCCCGUAGCAUCAUGCGGGCCAUGGAGGCAUACGGGGUGGCGCGGAGCAUGCUUGUGGUGGGACUGAGUUAUGGCGGAUUUGUUGGGUACAGCAUGGCGGCGCAGUUUCCGGAGGCGGUGGAGAGGCUGGUGAUAGGAGCUGCUGGGGUGUGCAUGGAGGAGAAGGACAUGGAAGAUGGGUUGUUCAAGGUCAAGAGUAUAGAUGAGGCUGCUACCAUAUUGUUGCCGCAGACCCCUGACAAGAUGAGGGAGUUGGUCCAGCUCACGUUUUACAAGCCGCCCAAGAUCCUGCCUUCAUGCGUCCUUACCGAUUUCAUUCGAGUGAUGUGUACAGAAUACCUUGAAGAAAGAAAAGAAUUGAUCCAAGCAUUGCACAAGGACAGGAAACUCUCUGAUCUUCCCAGCAUAACCCAGCCCACAUUUAUAAUAUGGGGAGAUCAGGAUCAGAUAUUCCCAGUGGAAUUAGCACACAGAUUAAAAAGGCAUUUGGGUGAGAAUGCACAACUAUUAAUCACAAAGAAUGCAGGGCAUGCCAUCAAUAUGGAAAAGACGAAAGAGUGGUUCAAACCCAUGAGGUCAUUCCUUAUUGAUCCUCUUCCUCCUAAGCAUGAAAACCAUGGCGAUGAUGGCAAGGCAGAUGAAGAGGUUUAGGGGAAAAGAGGGUAGUCAAUUCAAGAUAGACUUACCACAGAAAUGCAUAAGAACAAAAUUGAACUGUUCAAGUUUAGUUUGUGAUAGACUAAAUAAAAAUUGAAUAUUUUUUUAAUUGAUCAAAAGAUUAACAAAUUAAGAGUUUACACAUUAAUUUACAUUAAACUUAAUUAAGUCACUGUUCGACUCGUUUAUAGUC